UAUGGAAGACGACGGACCACCCGGAGCAGACAACGUUGUGAACGAGUUCUCCACAUACGAAGCGUUUUUAGACAGUCAGAUAACACAGACAGAUCUCUACUAUCUCGAGGAUGAGGAACUAGCUAGACAACUUGUUGAGCUAGGUUACAGAGGGAGUGGUGAGGUCUUGAGACGAGAAGAGUUUCAGGCUAGAAAAGAGGCCGCUGAAGCAAGCCGUUUGUCGAAACGAAGCCAGAAAAAGACAUUGGCCCACACUGGUAAAGAAGUUAGUAGUUCUGCCUUUUUAACUGCUUUGGCUGAGCGUGAAGAAGCCAAUAGGAGUGGAAAAAUGACGACUAUCAUAUUCAUCAGGGACAGAAAUCCCAAUGGGCAGGAAAUCUCUGGAUAUAUUGACUAUGCUCACAGACUGAAGACUGAAGAUUUUGAUCCUUAUUUCAGUGGAAGAAAGCGGUUACUACCACGACAAACCGAUCUUAGCUUCUACAACUGGGAGACUCAAACUUCUACUUCAAACAACACUCCAAACUAUCAGGUUAUAGCUGAUAAUGCCACUGGUUUGUUGUUCAAGAACAAGAGAGAUAGGAAGAUCCUCAAUGUUGAUCCAAAGGUAUACAGUCGCGGACAUAGUACAUAUCCUCUACUCCAUUUCAGAGCAAAUUCUUAAUAGUUGUUGCAGAUUUAGUAAUGAUAAUGGCAUGUCCACCAAAUACGGUGAUGACUUGUUAGUGCCUUUAAAGUGGGUGAAGAUUGUGCAAGCUGAAACCCACUCUUUUGUCUUGAAAUGCUUCAUAUUCACUGAGGCCAAUACAGGCAAUGAGUGGAAAUGCAUACAAGAUGCAGUGUCUUGCCAGUUGUACUGAUGG